AUGAUGAAAAGCAUGAUGGAAGACAUUGUUAAAAAGCAGGAGUCUCAAGCCUCUUUACCCGAUCAGUUGAUGAUCAAAUCCACCACCAGCUCGACAAAAUCCAGCGUUCCAGGACAACAAAAAGUGACCAGAGUGCAGCCAUUACAUCCCCCAAAAAAGAAAACAUACGUGAAGCUCAAGCCUAAAACCACCGUAAAAAAGCACUAUUUCACAUCGGGCUAUGGCAUUAAUGAAUCGAAUGCAAAGGAUGUAUCGAAGGAGCCUUCGCCGUUUAAAUAUCCAGAAGAUUUGGAAGAGUUUGCUCAUAAAGUAAUGACGAAAGCUUGGAGAAAUGACAUAAGAAUUAAAGAGCUUAAGGUAAAAUGUUCUCAAAAACCGAGCUAUAAAGACCGUCAAAAACAAGAUUUGUUGCAUAGGCUUUACGUUGAAGAACCAACCAUCAACUCGAUGAAAACUAUUUUGGAUAUUGCUCCAGAGUAUUUCAAAGUAACUGAAGGCAGGCCAAUACCUGAUAGAUUAGAUAUCAAAAAAUACAUUGACACUGUUAGAGACACUCUAAGAACUAAAAUAGUAAAUGGUUAUAGAGAAGACGACAUAAUGCUCAUUGAAGAAAAUUUACUUUUAGAACAAAAACUCAUAGACUCUAUCAAAGAAAACUACAACCGAUACGUGAAUAUUUUCGAAGAAUUCCUUUACAGAGAUCACACGUCGUCUAUGCUUUUGUUAAGAGAAUCUGAUGCAGCUGCAGGUGAGGCUUACACAAAAUACGCCGAGUACAAGGCUGUAGCCAAAAAAUAUGGAGCUGCCAGGUCCUCACUGUACAACUCAGAAGAAAAAUGGAGAAACUGCCAAAUGUACGAGAAAUUCUUGUUUCUUGUCAGUCCUUUUGGUUGGAGGGUGCAAAGACAAGAUCAUCUUUCCGAGGGCGAUGAAGAACAGGAAGAAAACAUUUUUGGAAAAUACCAACUGAGCAUGGGCGGAGAAGAAAUAUCUUUGACUGAUUUACUGUCGAAAUUGCAAGAAGACACAGCACAAGACAAAUCCCCCGAAUUAUACUUCACCGAUCCCGAACAACUUCUAGAUGUAUUCAGAUUCAUGGAAAUGCAAAACUUGAAUUCUUUACUUCACUCUGAAGAACUGGCUUUGCCUCUGCAACAAGUCAGAGACGGAAUGAGACGAUCGGAAGAGAUGUUCGAUGCGGAAAUUGAAAAUUUAAAAGAAAUUAUUGAUAAAUUAGAGGGCGGUAUUAAUUGGGAAGAGGAACGUGCCAAAUAUUUGGAGGAUCUCGCUUUGAAAUUGAUUGGGAAUGAAUUUAAGAAGCUUGUGAUGGACGAUGAAGUUUUAAAUUUGCACGUUUUUGUCGAGGAUGUUUACGAGACUCGUAUUGGACCCAAUGAUGCUAAUUUGAGUAUUGCUGAAAUGAUGAAAGGAAUUGAGGGGAGAUACAGACAUGAGUUACUAAUGUUAGAUAAGGUUCCUGCUGAUCAAGUAGCUACACUAGAGCGAGGUUGUUAUGCUGAACAAAUGAUGGUGAUGCGCCUAGCGGAAAAAGCUGCCAAACAAUAUGCCGAAUUGGAACAGCUCACUUAUCGACUGAAUAGAGCGUUCGCUCCGCCCUACAAGAAAACCAAAAGUAAAGAGUUGAAAAAAAGGUCUCCACCUUUGGCCCAGAGGCACCAACGAGCCGCACCACCUCGUGAAUUGACCGACUUCGAAGCCGAGUACUUGGAAUACUUCACUGAUUACUGCAAAUACAGUGACGAUGUUAGGGAUUAUGUUAUUCAGGUUGUGGAUAAUACAAAAAAGGAAGAGAAAACAAUUCCUGAUGAUGAUGAGCAGGAGAAUGAUGAAUAA